GCCGCCGGAGGCGGGGUGUCGGGGCCUCCGUGCACAAAGUCUCUGGAGGAAUGAAAGCAUCGGCGAGGGACGCACACGCAUGCGCGCGGUCGUCCCUAGGGGGCGUGGCUGUGUGCCCGCGGCGGGGUGGGGCGGGGCCGGAUGAGGGAAGUCUGCGCAGGCGCAUCGAGUACCUCGCCGCCGAUUUCUGGAGGGGCGGAAGCGUUUUGGGUUACCUGCUCUGCAUCUCAGGAAUCCACCCUUGUCAGGGAGAGACAUUUAGACAGAGAGGAACAGCUGCCUCAGCCCUGAUGGAGCAUGAAGUUCCUUCCUCCUCCUCAGCUCUGCAUUCACAGGUUCUUCAAGAGAGAAGUGCCACGAAGGGCGGCAUGACCGCUAGACUUCUGGAAGGCACAUCACAGCGACCAGUGACAUUCCGAGAUGUGGCCAUCAACUUCUCCCAAGAAGAGUGGGGAUUCCUGGACCCUGCUCAGAGAGAACUGUACACAGCUGUGAUGUCGGAGACUUACCAGAACCUGGUCUGGCUGGGCAUUUCCAUUUCUGUGCCCAAUGUUGCUUCCCUACUGGAGCAAGGCACCCAGCCCUGGGUGAUGAGGGCAGAGGAGGCAAGGUCUCCACGGGCAGAGUGCGAGUCCAUACAGAAGAGCAAGGAAUUGUCCGUAAGGAAGAGGAUAAAAGAAGAAACGUACCAACAUGAAACAGUGAGGGAAAAAACGAGCGGCGCAUGUAGAGUGUACGAAAAAACCUCCCGCACCAGGACGCGCCACAUCACCCAUCAGAAAACCCUAAAGGAAGAGAAAAGCUGCCAGUGCCGCGAGUGUGGGAAGUCCUUCCGCCGCCGCUCCACGCUGGUCCAGCACCAGCGCAUCCACACGGGAGAGCGACCCUAUCAGUGCGGCGAGUGCGGCAAAACCUUCCACCAGCGUGCCCACCUCACCCAGCACCAGCGCAUCCACACCGGGGAGAAGCCCUACGCCUGCGGGCAGUGCACACGCACCUUCAGCCAGAUGGCCCACCUCUCCCAGCAUCAGAUCACCCACAGCAGAGAGAAGAUCCACGCAUGCGGUGAGUGCGGGAAGGCCUUCAGCCGCCCGUCGGCCCUCGCGGACCACCAGAGAAUCCACAGCGGAGAGAAGCCCUUCGCGUGUCAGGUGUGCGGCAGAGCCUUCACCCAGAGCGCCCAGCUCAUCAGGCACCGCAAGAUCCACUCCGGAGAAAAGCCCUACGCGUGCAGCGAGUGUGCCAAGUCCUUCAUCCGCCUCUCCUCCCUGAUCGAGCAUCAGAGAGGUCACAGCGGGGAGAAACCCUACCAGUGUGAGCACUGCCAGAAGGCCUUCUGCCGCCUGGUGCAGCUAACCCAGCACCGCAGGAUUCACACUGGCGAGAAGCCCUACGCGUGCAAGGAAUGUGGCCGGGCCUUUACCUGUAGGUCCCAUUUCGUGGUUCACAGGAGGAGUCACACGGGAGAGAGACCCUACCAAUGUCAGGCGUGCGGGAAGACCUUUAGUAGCAAUUCUUCGCUGGUGACGCACGACAGGACGCACAGUGGAGUGAAGCCCUUCGGCUGCCACACGUGUGGGAAGGCCUUCAACACGUCCUCCUCGCUCUGUCAGCAUAAGAGAAUUCAUACCGGCGAAAAGCCCUUCAGUUGCCAGGACUGCGGGAAGUCCUUCAGGUGCAGGUCACACCUUACUCGACAUCAGCGAAUUCACACGGAAGAAUAUUGACCAAAGCCAACCGGACUUGAAAAUGUUACUAUUCCGGUUACGUAAGCAUCAGUCACGGUCUUGGGAACAAGCAGCCUCAGUUGGCUCUGACUCCCUUAGAAAAGCAGUUUCUUCUCAAGGUCUUAAGAGCUCGUUGAAAAAUAGAUAACCAAAAAGGACCUACGGACCUACUGUACAGUGCAGGGAACAAUACUCAAUAUUUUGUGAUAACCUAUAAGGGAAAAGAAGCUGAAAGAGAAUAUAUAUAUAUACACACACACACACGUACACACACAUGUAAAACUGAAUCACUUGCUGAAUACCUGAAACUAACACAACUGUAAAUCAACUAUGCUUCAGCACAAAAUAAAUUUUAAAAAAAGCUCACUGAAUGGAUGGGAUAGCAACAAACCCACUGCUGAAAAUGGAGAGGAAUCAAAGCAAGUUACAGGCAGAACCUGAAACCAUUACCUUGAGACCUGGAGAACUCUAGCCUUCCACUUCUACACAAAUCCUACUCUGCUGCCUUCACUAACCCAUGGCAGUGCUGCACAAAUGAAACUUUACUGGCCCUCAGUCUCUGUCACCUCACGUUUAAUGCCCCUGAAGCCAAGUUUACAAUGCGGGUGUCCUGACAGCCAAAGACGAGGCAAAGAGAUCACCUCUUGGCUUUUGCUUCUGUGCUUUCGGUAUGCUACACCAAGUUCAAAUGCAAUGGAGAACUCCCCUCAAAUGGGGGGGGGGGGUGGCGGGCAGGGCUCGGAUGCUGCACAACAUGAAAAAACAAGCAGCUACAACUUAAUGCUUCACGUCCUAAAAACGGUGCCCAGAUGUGGUCCCACAUUUAGCUUUGAAUUACCCAACCAGCGUCCUUUCCUGAAUUUUCUUCCACACUUCCUACAGCUGCUGUAUUUUAAAGAUCUCAUCACUGUGUCUAUCACCUUUGAACAAGAGUCGAGAGGCAGACAAAAAGGAACAGCGCUAGGAUGGAUAUAAGGGGUAUCACAGAUAGACAUCAGGGGAUAUUCCUAAACUGAGCACACAGGACUUUUUUCUCCAUUUUUCUAUUCAACGUAUAUACAAAAGCAUUUAUAAAAUGCAUGCGCCAGUUUAGAGAAGAAAAGUAAAUACCCAUAUACUCACCAGUCAGCCAGGUUGGAGGAUGUCACCAGCAACUUAGAAUCCACGGAAUGUCCUCGAAACAUGAUUUCUUUUCCACCCUCAGUGCCUCAGGGUAGCAGUUUACAAAGUCACGUUACAAUUCUUUGGCUUUUCCUUAUUGUUUUAUCACCUGUGGAUAUAGCCCUAAAUGAAGUGUCUGUUUUCUCCUGGUUGUGAACUUUAAAUAAAGAAUCACACUGAACUCUUCUUGGAUCUUAAACUGACCUUGAGAUCCGUGUAUACGUUAAAUGAGGUUCCCCUUUUCCACAGUGUAACCACACCAUACAAACACACCAACACUUGGUUGAUGAACACUUGGGUGGGUGGUUUCUAAGUUUUUGCCAUUGCAAAAAACGUCCAUGUAGAAUCUUCUCCAUGUCUUUUGGCCCAUUUACAAGACUCUCUCCAGAGGAGAAGUGUAGCUGUGGACUUCUGGGUUUUGCACACAUUGACUAAGAAUUUUUCCAGGUCUUUGUACCACUGUGUGAGCUGUAUUAAUCCAUAGCAAAGAUUUCCACAGUGGAAAUAGUUCAUAAAGCUGGAUACAUUCUAACAAAACUGUAUGGCCUCAGAUGAGGGUAAACAAGGCCUCAGUGAGACCCAAUACUCACACUUUGUGGUUUGGUGCAAACAUUCCUUGUCUUCAGAUACUUCUCAGGCAUUGCUUUAGGUGCCAUUAAGAUAGAUAAACCCAGCUUUAUUAAUUUACAACUUGAUAUACUUCACCCUAAUGUUUUCAUGCAAGUUAAGGAUUUUUCAAUAAAAUGAUGAAAAAAAAAAAGAAGAUAAACCGGGGCUUCCCUGGUGGUCCAGUGGUUAAGACUUUGCCUCCCAAUGCAUAGGGUGUGGGUUUGAUCCCUGGUCUGGGAGUAAGAUCCAACAUGCUUUCAGCCAAAAAACCAAAACAAAACAGAAGCAAUAUUGUAAACAAAUUCAAUAAAGACUUUUAAAAUGUUCCACAUCAAUAAAAAGUCUUUUAAAAAAUAAUAAAACCAUGACUAUCUCAUUUUCCUGGAGUAUCAAGUGGGACCCCAUCUGCACUGGACACAAUCUCAGUAGAGACUUUAUAGGAACUGUUGUUUUAUGUGAAAUAUAAUUUCUAGUUCUUAGGGACGGGAAAGACGUUA